AUGGCGCCUCAUGCUGUAUCAGCAGUCUCUUUGAUCAUCUCCUUGUACGCUACAAUCUCAUCUGCCCAAGCCAUCACUUCAUGUCCUUCCGCAGAAACAACCUUCACAUCUCCAAGUGGCCUCACGUACAAGACUUGCCAGGGAACAGAUUACGAGGGACCAACUGCUCAGAUUGUGCCAAACAUCGCCAAUGCAGCAGCCUGCGUUGAGCUGUGCAGCAACACAGUUCCCUGUGACAAGUCUGUAUACGACAACAGCAACAACGAUUGCCAUCUCAAGGCAUCAGACACCUAUGGCCUACGUUGGACGCAGAAUACGCGCUUCACUGCUUCUCGGAGAGUCGACGUCGGGAAUGUUGGCAAGUGGGGACCACUUGUCACACUACCGGUCAUUCCUGUAGCAGCGUUUGUUGUACCUACAGAUACGAAUCGCAUGCUGGUGUUCUCUGCCUGGGGCAAGAACGACUUCGGCGGAGCAGGAGGUCUUACACAACUUGCGGACUACAACUGGAAGACAGGUGCCGUGUCUCAGCGUCAGAUCUCCAACACCAAGCACGACAUGUUCUGUCCAGGAAUCAGCUCUCUCCAAGACGGCCGCAUUGUGAUCACUGGUGGUUCGAAUGCAGAAGCUGUCAGCAUUUACAACCCGUUGACGAAUGCCUUCACCCGCGCACCGGACAUGAAGAUCCAGCGUGGCUACCAAUCGUCCACAGUUCUCAGCAAUGGCAAGAUCUUCACAGUUGGCGGGUCGUACAGCGGAGGCAUUUUCAACAAGCCUGGAGAGGUGUACGAUUCUGGUAGCAAUGCUUGGACGCUUCUGCCUGGUGCCGAUCCUUCUCAGGGCAUGCUUACAACCGACCACGAAGGCCAAUGGCGAACGGACAACCACGCUUGGCUGUUCGCAUGGCGAGACGGUUCAGUCCUUCAAGCUGGUCCCAGCAAGGCUAUGCAUUGGUUCUCUACCACAGGCAACGGCUCAAUUUCUGAAGCAGGCAUUCGCGAUGGUGACAACGACGCUAUGUGCGGUGUCAAUGUUAUGUACGAUGCCGGCAAGAUCUUCACUGCAGGUGGAAGUCAAGACUACACGGACUCGCCCGCUUUCAAUCGAGCACACCUCAUUAGCAUUGACUCACCUUACCAGCCUGCUACCGUCGAGCAGGUCUCAGACAUGCGCUACCCUCGCGGCUUUGCAAAUGCCGUAGUUCUACCAGACGGCAAGAUCCUCAUCACAGGCGGUCAAAAACGCUCUCUCGUCUUCACGGAUACGGACUCCAUCCUUCCAGCUGAGCUGUUUGACCCAGCCACGAAGACUUUCCGUACUCUCGCCGAAGAGCAGAUCCCCCGAAACUACCACUCCGUUUCAAUCCUCCUCGCUGACGGCACGGUCUUCAGCGGUGGCGGUGGACUGUGCUACGUCGGCGGUGGCAUCGGUGCCGACGAUAGCUAUUGCAAUCGUGCCGUCGACCACCCGAAUGGCCAGAUCUUCUCGCCACCGUAUCUCUUCAACUCCGAUGGUUCCAAAGCAACCCGACCAACGAUCUCCUCAGUCUCUGUCACGUACGCGAAGGCUGGGGGUUCAAUCAAAGUAUACAUGGGAGACAGCAGCAAGACUUCCUUCUCAUUGAUCAGGAUGGGCAGCUCCACCCACUCUAUCAAUACUGAUCAGAGGCGAAUUGCUUUGACUGAUGUCACUCAAAGCGGAUCCUCGUAUACCGUCCGUUUGCCGAAGGAUGCUGGAGUUCUGAUUCCAGGAUACUACUACCUGUUCGCGGUGAAUGGAGCCGGUGUGCCGAGCAUAGCGAAGACGCUGCAGAUUCGGCUCUAA